CUGUACUCCAUGGCCAGGAGAAGUUGACCGGGGAGCAGCAGCAGUCGACUCACCACGGUGAAGACACCGGGCACAGAUAGCGGUUGGAAAUAACGAACAGGCAAGUCACUGAAGGAGACGUUUACAGCUACAGACGCUCCCCGGUUAUGCAAGACCCGACUUACGCAAAUUCGACCUUAUGCAAAAAGUUCCAUAAGGCAUAAAUAAAAUGUUCGAGUUGCAGAAAAUAUUGCGUAACGUACAGGAACGCAAAGUACUGUAGUGCGGUGUGCAGAGGAAUACAGCAGUAGCAUCUCCUACAAGGGAAGGCUUUGCGCUCUCACAGCCUCUCAGACUCGUGUUAUUUCAGUGAUACUGGAUUUCUGUUAUUUCACCCUGUUAUUUCAUUCAAAUCAUGCCUGGAAAGCAACCAAGUGAUAGCAAGAGUGCAGGACCAGUUCGUAAGAGAAAGAAGAUUGAUUUAGAGCAGAAAAUGAAAAUAGUGAAAAAGUAUGAAGGUGGACAAAGCCUCUCGUCAAUUGCUCGUGAACUCGAUUUGGCUACCUCAACAGUGAAAAGUAUUUUGAAUGAUAGUGCACGCAUAAAAGAGCACGUGAAAGGCUCUGCUCCUUUAAAAUCAACAGUCAUAACGAAGCAGCGUUCUGGCGCUAUCUAUGAAAUGGAAAAGUUAUUAACAAUAUGGAUGGACGAUCAGAUUCAAAAAUGUGUGCCGCUUAGCCUAAUGAUUAUUCAAGCGAAGGCUAAAAGUAUUUUCGAAGACGUAAAGGGAAAAUACAGUGAUCCUAACGCAAAGUUUGUGGCUAGUCAUGGGUGGUUUAAUAGAUUUAAACAACGUGCAAAUUUUCACAAUGUAAAAGUGAGUGGUGAGGCUGCUAGUGCUGAUACAAAAGCAGCUGAAAAGUAUCCCGAAGUGUUACGAAAACUUAUAGAAGAAUGUGGUUAUACAGCACAGCAAAUCUUUAACGUCGACGAAACUGGAUUGUUUUGGAAAAAAAUGCCAGACAGAACAUACAUUUCAAAAGAGGAAAAGACGAUGCCAGGGUUUAAGGCUGCGAAAGAUAGGCUAACGCUUUUGCUUGGGGGUAAUGCAGCUGGAGAUUGCAAAUUGAAACCGUUGCUUGUUUAUCAUUCAGAAAAUCCCCGUGCGUUUAAAGGCAUUAGCAAGGCUACCCUUCCAGUUCAUUUCCGUUCAAAUGGAAAGGCUUGGAUCACAACGGCACUUUUCGAAGACUGGUUUAUAAAUUUGUUUAUCCCCGAAGUGGAAAAAUUCUGCAGAGAAAACGACAUCCCAUUCAAGAUUAUGCUUAUCGUCGAUAAUGCUCCUGGACAUCCCGCACAUUUAGAUGACUUUCACCCUAAUGUAAAAGUCGUGUUUCUGCCUCCCAACAAGACUUCGAUCCUACAGCCCAUGGAUCAGGGGGUCAUUGCUAAUUUUAAAGCCUAUUAUCUACGAAGAACAUUUGCACAGGCAGUAGAAGCAACUGACAGAGAGACUGGCAAGACUUUACGUGAUUUUUGGAAAUCGUAUAACAUUUACCAAGCCAUCAUAAACAUUGCUAAGGCCUGGGCAGAGGUUACCCAGGUUUGUUUGAAUGCCGUAUGGAAGAAAGCAUGCCCACAGUUCGUACACAGCUUUAAAGGUUUCGAAAAAGACAAAACAUAUGAGGAGGUGGCAGAUGAAAUUGUGAAGUUUGCCGAACAGCUUGAGCUGGAGGUUGAUGUUGGCGAUGUGGAUGAGUUUAUCGAAUCCCAUGGAGCUGAAUUAUCAAAUGAGGAUCUCAUGGAAUUAGAAGCAGCAAAAGUAAAAGAGCAGACUGAAGCGGAGGAUGAAGUUGAAGAAGUAGAAGAGCCACGACACUUCAACACCAAGGAGAUGGCACUUGCAUUUCGUGAGAUUGACUCUGCAAUGGCAAGGUUUGAGAAGAUGGACCCCAACUCCUCACGAUUCUUGAAAGUGAACAGAGGCAUUGACGAAACGCUGGCCUGUUAUAGACAGAUAUAUGAAGAGAAGAAAAAGGCCACUAUCCAGUCAUCUCUCGAUAAGUUUGUAAGGAAGGUUGAAAGGCCUGCAACGUCCACAUCUCUACAGCCUUCCACCUCCAAAGCCCCCUCCGACGACCCCGAUGAUGUAAUGCCUGUCUCCUCCUCUCCUUCCUCAUCUACAAAUUAAGCCCAUUGUCAUCCGCCACCAAAAUGGAGCCUUCAGCGUGCCAGGAUAAUAAUAGGAUUAAGAUUUUCAAUGUUUGAAUCCAGGGCUGCGAAAUAAUUGGAUG